AUGAACGCGAUGUGCUUGAGCUCCUACAGCGCCGUGUGGUGGCGCCCAGGAAAGACCGGCUUCAUGAAUGUGGUCGGCACCAUCUCUCUCACAGAGGUGCCAAAGCAGAAGUCCUUGGUUAAGGGUGCGGUUGUAGCUGCCCCGAUCGCGCUGAAGUGCGUCAAGCAACCAGAGCAGGAUUUCGUUGUGUGGCUGGGAUGGAAGGGGUCCAGAAACUUCAAGAAGAGUGGAAAAGGCCUGCACAAAGUCCUCUACGUCUGCACCACCGCCACGCACUCUGGCGUCUUCUUCGCUCACCACAGAGGCAAGCGGCUGGGAUUUGCGCUCAUCGCGCACGAUUCGCGCAACCCGCAGAAGUUGAGUAGCAAGCCUACCCUCUACAAAAAGGAGCUGUCUGGCUUGAUGGCGGAUGUCUUGCACGAUGGAGAGAGAACGAAGACAACCACGAAGGAAGGACAGCUAGUGACGGUGCGGCAGGCGGUACUUCGCCAGACCCUCGAGGGGCACGUCCUCGCAGCUGUUUUUGUCAACCAGCGCGGCGAUGUGUACGCGGUGGUCGCCCACUUGGCAAAAAACACGUGGCGCAAGUGGAGGAUGGAGGCUGCAGUCGGCUCCAUGCCGUGCAUCCACGUACCAGAAGGCGGCCGCGACGUGCGGUUUGUGCACUGCGACAUAGACGCGCCUGUCGAUCACACCUCCGCCGUUGUCGCCCCUUCCCUUCCCUUGGCUCUCUCGACGUUCGAUCGCAUCUCUGCGAGCAGCGCCAACUUGUCGGCGCAGGUAUCGGCCACCGUACCGCCUCUCCUGUGUGUAACAGUCCGUGAGGUCAUUCUGCCGACGCGCGGCUCCGGGGUUGCGGCGGUGCGAGUCUUUCAGAGUCAAUGCGUCGAGCGCGUCAGUGGCGACGUCCGGGUGAUGCCGCAGCCGUGCCUUACCCACGUGGAUGAGGCGACAGCGGUGUACACUGUCGUUGUGUUGGGGGAGCAGUCCAGCUGUCUCCUGCACAUGCGUCACUCGAUGUUCGGGUCGGAGCUGAUGACGAGCUGCGCCACGGUGGCGGGGUUGCAUCGACCAAUAAGUGCAUGCACGCUCUCGAUUCCGAGCCCGCACCGACCUCAAGGUGCCCGGGUCUCACUGGUGUUGAGCGAUGACAUGAGGGUGUACUGCUGUGAGCACUUCGGGCAGGUAGUGUCGGUGUCGCUCAGCAUCGACGGCGCGGACUGCUCCAUGUUGAUGCUCCCCGUGCCACUGGCGAAAAAGUCGUCCAAGAAAAUGACGACAGCGAUAACACUGCCAGCGCGGCUCAUACCUGUGAACAACGAAACAGAGGUUCUCUGCACUAACGGGACUGUCGGGCUCUUCUUGCGCGUGACGUCCGCUGCUUUUAGCGAGGCGGUGCCGGCACCACCCGACCUGGCGGUGGAAGGCGGCACCGGCGAGACAGCUGGCCGCGGCAUGGCAGGAGAAGCUGAAGUCGGAGCUGCAGCACUGCGUCUGUGUUUGCAGUCGUUGCAGCAGCUCUCUGUGCGCGCUUACCACCACGACCUACCAGAUGUGUUCUUUCGCCAUAUCCUGCCACACCUGCGCUACGUGGGUACCUCGCAGCAGGAGGUGAUGCUGAUCCAGCGCGUGUACGAGCAGCUGCUGCAGAUGGCCGAGCCGAUCCGGGAGCCGGAGUGGAGCUAUCUCUGGGCACUCACCUCCCUUCUCCAGAAAGCCCUCGUGAAGCGUGGCAGAGAGAACCAACUGCGGUACACUGACGCGUUCUUUCUGCAGCUGGCCGACACGUACCGGCAGAGCAGCUUUGCCUCUCCCAGCGGGGCGGCACUCGUAGGGGAUGGUGUCCGGGCUGUGGUGUCGACAGAGGUGCAAGACGUGAUCGCCGCACCGACGGCGACCGUUCCCGCAGAGGCGAUGUACGUCCUCGAUGGGUUGGCGGCAGGUGUGGCGCCGGUGGCCUUAGCCGAGGAGAUUGUGCGGCGCAUGGUGAACACCGAAACCCUUUCGAACGGUACCUGCGUUGUGGCCUCUCAGGCCGGCGUGGCAGACUGCGUACACUGCAUGGGAUGCGUGCUCGUGGCGAGCUGUCUAGACCUCAGUGUGUUUGUAAUCGCUGACGAGGUGCGCGGGUUGCGUGUGUCUCUUCAACGACCGCAGGUUGGCGUGUGCGUCGCGAUCCAGCCGCACACUUUCGCGAGCCAGAAGGAGUUCGAAACUGCGCUGGGCUUGGCAGGCGAUCUCCUCUGCGUCUCCUCCGCUGACGCGUCAUUUCGGCCCGAUGUAGCACUGCUCACGCUCGGCAUUGGGGGGCGGCAGCAUUGCCUGAACGCCUUCCUGCAGCUGUUUUCUCCCGUGCUGCGCCACGCCGUGGAUGCUUUGACGCCGCUUUCCAGCAAUCGAACUUGGUUUGAGGAGUGCGUCGCCACGCUGACGCAGUCGACCACCGAAUGGGUUGCCAGUCUGCUGCGCAAGGGCGGCAGCGACAGCUUCACCCUCACGGCGACUCUCUGCCACAUGUUGUGUGCAGCGCAGCGCGGCGUGGAUGCCGCCUUUUUUCGGAGUCUGUCGCACACCCUCUCCGAGGAGUUUUGCACCACCGCGCUGGUAACCAUCCUCUUCCACCAGACAGAACUGUUGCUGGCCGCUAUCCAGAAUUACGCCUCGGCAGUGGCUGCCUGCAUCUCGACGAAGAAUAGUGAAGCCGAAAAGGGCGCCAACUGGCAGGCGACGGACGUGGGCCGGAUUCGUCUGCAAGCGGCGCUGGCGCAGACAUCUGCCUUGUGGGCCCAGAUCGACUCCCUGUCUCCCUACCGUGUGCGUGAUGUGGCCGAGAGCUACCGCAUCUCCGCCAGCAUCUCAUUGGCGUCUGCCGCCCGUGCGGCGUCUGCUUCGACAGAGGGGACAAUGGUAUCGCGCACGCUGGUUCUGUGCUUCCGCAUUUUGUGCCUCGUGCAGUACUCGAUGGCGGCCGAGGAAGACACGAGCCUGUCAGUAAGCGCUGAAUCGGCUAGUUGGACGACGAGCGAUGCCGCUGUAAGGGACUGCCAAGGCGUGCUGGAGACUCUCUACCUGAUCAAGGGCGGCCCAUUGCCGCUCGAGUGGUUCCAGUGGAAGUUUAUGUCAUCUGUGAGACGCGCAGCUGCCAUCAAGCCAACGUGGGCACCGUACCUAGUGCGCCUGAUGCAGCUGUCGAAUGUGCAUGAAAGCAGCAGCGCGGCGCUCAAGCGCGACUUCUACACCCUACUGGACACCCUGCAGAGCCGUGGCGCGUCUUCCACAACGACAGCGGAAGAGGGGGAUAUGCAGAGGGCUGUUACAGCGGCGGAGUCUGCCGUUGGCGCUCUCGCAGGCCAGGCAGAGCACCGCGAUGCAGCGGCCGGAGCGGAAGGCCGUAGCCCGGCGCUAUCGAUGAGUACCGCUUUCUUCAUCUUUUCCCGCCAGCGCGACGCGUCGCUGCCCGACUGGAGUCGUUUGUACUCGUUGCCAGAGCGACGUCACCUUUUUGCUGCCACGUGGGUCGACGCACUGUGGACGCUGGAGCGUAUACCCGAUGCUCUUGAUCGUGCUUGUGCGGCAGCUCUAGCUCGAGUCCAGCUCGCGGCAUCUGAGGUGGGGACGACGGGACAGGGUGGGGACCAGCCGCCGGCGCUGUCCGAGGAGCUCGCGCUUCCCCUCUAUGCACAUAUCUACCGAUUGCGCCCUCCGGUGCGGAUGCACGCAGUGAUAGACGCGACACCGGCGGAAAGCGACGGCGCGUAUCUCUGUGUGCAGCAGCGCGUGGAUCGUGCCCAGCAGCAUGAGGAGGCCCCGCGCGAAGCCAUCGCCACCCCCGAAAAUGCUACCGCAAAGCCACAGCAUGAAGAUGCACAGGUGGCUGUCGCACCCGCUGUAGACACAGCGACAUCUGCGCCGCUUCCCUCGUUAAGCGCCGAACCCGAGGCUGCGGUGCGCACCGGCACGAGUGAGGCGAUGCCGACGGAGCAAGCCAGCAGCGCCGCAGACGCGGGCGCUGCUGCUGCUGCUGCUGCUUCUGCUGCGGUAGCGGCGCCAGCUGCACCGGCGGUCCCGACGCGGAGUGGUCUGUACUCUCCAACCAGCGUGGCGUGGUGGGACACGCUAGAGACGACACCAAGCCGUCCUCGCGCGUUGGACGUAAAGGUAGAGUGUGCCACCGCGAACUCCACGUCUCCCGCCACCGCCGACGACAACGGCGAGAGCUCCGACUCGGCCACGACGUACACCACAUCGGCCAGCAACUAUGUCGACCCGGUCGCCACGCUCGAGUCAUUUCACCGCUGUUGCUACGCGAGAGGCGGCAGUCAAACGGCGGCGGAGAGUGUCGGUAGCAGCUGGAGUGACUCGGAGUGGCACCUCUGCAAGCACCGGUAUGCCGCUGCCCGCUCGCAAGCGCAACACAGAGCAAGAAAGAGGUGCCGCUGCUGCGGCCGAGCGAUGCGCGUCGACUACCGCGGCCGCUCGGCCGGGAGGCGAGGCGAGGCUGCCGACGAUACUACGCCAGUGCGCGUUCAGUGGAGCGGGACGGCGAAGGAAACAACUGCACCGUAUGUGCGGUCGCCGCUGGUCACCGCGAAAGUGCCGACAGCCGCUGCGGCGCGGCCAGCUCUACUGGGCUUUUCGGCUCGCCUGCAGCCCCCAGAGGAGCCGGCGACCCUCCGCGCGCAGCCCGCGCGAAUGUCACUGGCGGCGCCGUCGCCCAAGGCGACCCCGUUCUCCCUGUUGACCUUUCCCUUCGCGUCAAAGGGACAGCAGGCGUCGCGAGUGCGGCUGUACACAUUAGACGGCGACCGCGUCCGCUACGUUGAUGGACAGGGCACGGUGCCCCUGCAGACCACCAGUCGCCCCGGCGUGGGCGCCCUGCUGAAUGUGCCGCCACUGCCUGCGACGAGUGUGUUUCCAGCUUGUCGACCGCUCGUGCGUCUCCCCUCGCAGCCUGCGCCAGCGCAGCUCGAGCAUCGUGACACGCGAGUGCCAUGUGCAGCAGAGGCGGCGCAGCCGGUGCGGUUUGUCGAGGUGGGGCAUGCAUAUCCGCAAGUGCCGCGCCCACCGGCCGGGGUCGCUCCACCGGCAGUGGAUGCUGCCACCUUGCAGGCUACCGCCACGAGCGCACCUGUGCCCGUUCGUGCCGCUGAAGCGAUCGCCUUUCCCUCUGUCGGUGUUGCGACACCAGUCGCUACCACAUCUGCACCGCCUGCUCCGGCCACCGUGACUCCACUGCCGGCGCCAACGGCUCUUCCUAUACGCGCCCCCGCUGUGCUGAGCCCUGCGCAAAUGAGCGACUUCCGCCGCUACACUGACAACCUGCUGGCUCGACAGACUGGAAGCACACCUUUACACGCCGUGACGACUGCAUCUGUUCCGGCUGCAGCACCUCCGACGGCAGACCGCCCCUCCACGGCCCCUGCAGUGACAACUGCUGUCGACAGUGCAAGGAUAGCGCGGCUGAUCCAGCAGCAAGAGGAGUUCCUCCGGAAAGCUGAAGCUAUUAUGGAAAAAUGCAGGGCUGAAAAAGAUGGCUUCUAUCGACGGGUCGAGGAGACCCUCUGCAGCGUCACCGCGGCUUCCCAGCAGCGUCAUGGACUGAGCCCGGUGGAACAGGCGCAGCUCGUGCAGAACAACAUCAAACAACGCAAUGAGCUUCUCGCCCUCAACCACCAGCUCCUGGAGAGGCCGCUGGCCGCCGCCCGUGCCGGUGGCGAGGAGCCGCCAGUGCCCACCGUAUGCUCCGCAACCUCUCAAGCGGCGCCGCCAGGUGUGACUGCCACCGGUGCGACCCAGACGCCGCCGCAACUGAGGGAGAGCGUUGGCGUGCCAUGGGCGGCGACGGGCGGCUCCGCUGCGUCCACAGCUGCUGCCGCGGCUUUCCAGCAGCGUCAUGGACUGAGCCCGGUGGAACAGGCGCAGCUCGUGCAGAACAACAUCAAACAACGCAAUGAGCUUCUCGCCCUCAACCACCAGCUCCUGGAGUUGCAGCUGGCCGCCGCCCGUGCCGGUGGCGAGGAGCCGCCAGUGCCCACCGUAUGCUCCGCAACCUCUCAAGCGGCGCCGCCAGGUGUGACUGCCACCGGUGCGACCCAGACGCCGCCGCAACUGAGGGAGAGCGUUGGCGUGCCAUGGGCGGCGACGGGCGGCUCCGCUGCGUCCACGGCUGCUGCAGCCGCCGCCCCUGUGCCACCAUCCGCGAUCUCGGUGCGGGAGCGCGAAGGAAUGAAAGAUAUUUUGUCCGACCUACAGCGACUCAACGCGGAGCUCAUGGCAAGCAGCGCGUCGGCUGAAGCCAUGGACAGAGCCGUUAAAGAGACGCGUGAAGUCAUCGAGCGAUACGAGCGGAACAAGACAGCCGAGGCACUCACGGCGGAGGGGAUCGCCCUGAUAUCAGCGAUGCGCCAGCGCACUGCUGCAAUUGAGCGACAGCUGGCGGAGCUGCCGCAGAGGUUCGAGGAAAAGGCCGCCACUGACGCAAAGAAAUCCUCGAGUGUGUGGGCGUCACAGUUGUCCGCGGCCAAUACAGUCGAGGGCUCACCGGCAGACGCUCCACCUGCCGCGCCGCUCGCAUCAUUCACGUCGACGACGGCCGUGGUGCCGCCGUCCUCGUUGCAUUUCACAGCGCAGGCCGGGACAUCAGCGGGGUCGGCAGAGGAGGCGCUGCUCUCACGGGACUUAACCCAGCACUUGCCGUCGAGCAACCCACUCGGAGCGGUAUCGCUCUCUACCUCCAUGCCUCAGACAGCGAAACCGCCGCAGCCGGGGCGGGCGCCAGGACCCACAGCUUCAGUGCUAACUGCACCGGUCGUCUCAUACGCAACACCGCGCGCCUCCUCCAUGUUCACCUCCGUUUCCUCUGUCCCCAUCGAUGAGCCGACAGUGCUUCGGUCCGCGACGCCGAAGGGGGCGUUUCCGCCCAGUGCAAGUUUUCAUGCUGAGCGGGCUGCCGGAGGUGAGGUGCCGAGUCUGCAUGUCUGUGAAACAGUGGAGUGCACCACCGUUGACCCUCCACGAGACAUGCCUUCCAACGUGAGUGCACCUCGAGUGGCUACUCAGCUGGGUGAUCUGGGCAGUUUGUUCGUGGAGAGUGGUGGUCGGUACGAGACCCGGCGUAACGCGAGCGCUGCUCCAUCGCACACGAGAGCAGCAGCUUCUCCUCGACGCAGGGUGCCGGUGCGCUCGCCGGCGCCCAAGCCUCACGCUGGGCAGCGACGCUUUUCAUCGCCCGCACAGGCGCCGGGACGCUGUCAUCGCAAGCAUGAGGAGCGCUACGCCAUGUACCGAGCGACGUCGAGGCCAGCGAAGGUGCGCCCAGCAGCUACCGCCACGCCUUAUGUCCCUGCCCCGGGCGUGCCUUUUACGCCGGCCCCACGUGUGUCGAUUGGUAAUGUCUUCGUGGAUCGACAGCAGAGCAGGCUCAUGGCUAGUAUUGCUAAGCGCAUGCAGCAGCUAGAGCAAGAUCUCUUUACGUAA